AUGGCAACAGAGGAAGAGAGAAAUGAACUGAGAAGUCGGAUGGACGCCAAUAAUUCAAAAGUUUCCACGUUCACUACGAACAAUUCAGAUGAUCCUUCUGUUGAUAGCCAGGGUAAGGUGAAAAUUAAGUCAUGGGUUUGGAGCCUUGAAUCUUUAAUUGGCCCUCUGGUGAUCACUGCCUUGGCAAUUUUUCUUCGAGUUUACCAAAUAGGAAAAGCUGAUAGGGUUGUUUGGGAUGAAGCUCAUUUCGGAAAGUUUGGGUCAUUCUACUUGAAGCACCAGUUCUAUUUUGAUGUCCAUCCUCCCCUGGGAAAACUUCUUACAGGUUUGGCUGGGCACAUAGCUGGCUAUAAUGGGUCGUUUGAGUUCAAGAGUGGGGUGACGUAUCCAGAAUAUCUCGAUUUCAAGGUAAUGAGGAUAUUCAAUGCUGUUUUCAGUGCACUUUGUGCCCCUGUGGCAUAUUGGACUGCCAAAUCAUGUGGAUAUUCUCUACUCACGGUUUACCUUAUAUCAUUGAUGGUAGUUUUUGAAAACUCCUACGUUGUUUUGGGGAAGUUUAUUCUGUUGGAUUCCAUGCUUUUGUUUUUCACCACAACAACCUUUCUGGGUUUAUCAAAAGUUCAUUCAUUGAGACAGCAAGGAAAAGAAUUAACUUACCCGUGGUGCUUCUGGUUGACCUUUACAGGUUUAUCUAUUGGAUGUGUAUGCAGUGUCAAACUUGUUGGACUGUUCGUAACUGCCCUUGUGGGUCUUUAUACCAUUCUUGACCUUGCCGUUAAGAGAUACGAUGAAAACCUUAAAUGGUCUAAGUACUUGACUCAUUGGGCAGUGCGCAUUCUAACGUUGAUUAUUCUACCGUUUGCCAUCUACAUGUUAUCCUUUAAGAUCCAUUUUGCUGUGCUUUACAAGAAUGGAGAUGGUGCUUCUUCAAUGUCAACUCUGUUCCAAUCCAAUUUGGAGGGAACAAAAAUUCUAAUUGAUGCCCCUAGAGAUGUUGCAUAUGGAUCUGAACUUACAAUAAGAUCCCAAGGCCUUUCCCAAAAUCUUUUGCACUCCCAUGGGUCAAUUUAUCCCGAAGGAUCUAACCAACAACAAGUUACAACCUACGGUCAUAGAGACAAUAAUAACCAAUGGAUUGUUCAUUACCCCGUCCUCAGCAAGAAGCAAGUUAAAGAAAAUGAUAACUCAACAGUUCCAGAGAUGAUGAAAGAUGGUGACACCAUUCGUUUAAGACAUCAACAUACUGGUGCAAACUUGCAUUCUCACAGAAUUCAAGCUCAUGUUAGUAAACAAUACUACGAAGUAUCAUGUUACGGAAAUGCAAAAGUUUCAGACGGAAACGAUGAGUGGGUUGUGGAAGUUGCAGAGCAAAUUCAUUCCGAUGACCCUAAAUAUGCCGCUGCCAACGAAUCAGAUUUAAAAUUCCAGGAACUGCUUCACCCUAUAUCUACUUCCUUCAGACUUCGUCAUAAGAGAAUUGGAUGUUACUUGGCCACUACUGGGAUGGCAUAUCCAAGCUGGGGUUUCAAGCAGGGUGAAGUAGUCUGCCGACCAUCUUGGACCUCAAGGGACAAAUCUACGUGGUGGAACAUCGAGGACCAUAAGAACAAAAAGCUGCCAAAUGCUACUUCAUAUAAAGCUCCAAAAUCUUACUUCUGGAGAGACUUUGUCAUGCUGAACUAUGCGAUGUUAGCAUCCAAUAACGCCUUAGUGCCUGAUCCUGAUAAAUUCGAUAAACUGGCUUCUCAAUGGUGGCAAUGGCCUAUCAUUAAUGUUGGACUCCGAAUGUGUGGUUGGAGCGCCUCACAAUCUAGAUACUUCUUGAUGAGUAGCCCAUUUAAUACUUGGUUGUCAACUGCUUCUUUGGCUGUUUUUUGCUUGAUUGUUCUUAUUUUAGUCCUACAAUGGCAAAGACAAAGACUCAAUCUCUCUUCUAGACAGUACUGGGAGCUAGUCAUCAAGGGUUUUGUCCCAUUUUUUGGUUGGGCGUUGCAUUUUGCUCCAUUCAUUGUGAUGCAAAGGGUCACAUACGUGCACCAUUAUGUUCCCGCUCUCUACUUUGCCAUGUUCCUGCUGGGAUUUACUGUAGACUAUUUGACAGCCAAGAGGAACUGCUACAUCAAAACAUUGAUCUAUUUUGUCUUUUAUGCGGGCACUAUCUACUCUUUCUACUACUUUUCACCUCUCAGUUUUGGCAUGGAUGGCCCUUUAAAAAAUUAUGCGUACUUGCAAUGGUUCAAGAGUUGGACCAUGGUUUGA